GUUUAGUAGUGUUUGACUGGUUUACUGUUUUAAAAGAGUGCUCAGCUUUGUUGCUCUUUCUGUGUCGCACAUACAGUAUUUGUGACCCAGUCCAGUGGGUUGGAGUAGGCUGGAGUACAAAAAAGAAUGAAUAGUACUCUUGUUCGUGGCCUGCCGUCCAUGCUAUGUGCCGCGAAUUUCUUCAAAAGCUUUUGCCAACUUUGCCUUUAUUAGCAUCUAAUGUAGGCUGUCUGCGACAUUUCAGCCUGAGACAGAAGAAAACCGUGCAGCUCACAGCAACGACAGACGUCUGCUCACCGUACAUGAUGCCAGCUUCAAGAGGACAGCCGAAUAUUCAGCCCGCAGGAACACUCAACAUGAAUCACUAUGCCACUAAGAAGACUGUAGCAGAGAGCAUGCUGGAUGUGGCGCUGUUGAUGGCGAACGCUUCUCAGCUGAAGGCCGUUCUGGAGCAGGGCCCUGAGUUCAAGUAUUUCCUCACUGUGAUCAUUCUCAUUGCUGCUUCUCUCUUCUUCCAAGUGCUCGCUGGGGCGCUCUUCGUCAACAUGGCACGCAAAAACCUCAAUGACGUGGCCAAUCAGAGGAAGCUGGACAUAAUGAAUAAUGUGGCCACUGGGCUGGUGUUUCUUACUGUCAUCAUCAACAUUUUCGUCACGGCUUUCGGUGUGCAGAAAACAGGUCUCUAUCCUAAACAGUAAACUGUCUCAUACAGCAGCAUACAGGAUCUCCAGAACAACAGCGGUUGUAAAAGUCCAGAACAUUCUGAAGGACGACAUGAGACACUUCGUUCCAAAAGUGUUUUGGGAGAUUCUACCAGAAACAUACAUUAUCUGUCCUUGAACUAUUACAGUGAAUGUUUCAUCCAAAAAGUAUUUCAUCCCAAAAAUGUGUCAAACUGACUGAUGUUUAAUUUCUGUGAGUUGUUCUGUAAAGGAAUUUGUCAUUUAUUAGGUUCUUUUUACUUAAAACAUUUUUGAAAAUCACAAAUCCUGUUCUUGUCCUCAGUCAAAUUGGACCUACAGCUUUCAUUGUGUUCAAAUUUUACUGAGAAAAAAACUUGAUCAAUAUUAAGUUUAAGUUGAUAUCAUUCAUAUCAAUUGAUUAUAACAUGAAAUUAUACAUACAUUCUACCAAUAAAUACUUCUUUACAACUACCCCCUUGUUUUUGGUCGGUCCUGUCGCGUUUACAUAAAACUCAACAUAAAGUGCAUGCAAUACGCCUUUGCUUUGACUCCGAGGAAAUGACAUCAUUUGACUGAGGUGAAGCUUACACUGAUCAAGGUUGAGUUCUGUCAUUGAACUUUAUGAUUUUAAGCUGGUUUUUGAAUGUUUUUUAUGAGAAGGACUAGCUUAUGUGUCAGGCCCUGUCACUGUAAAUUUAUGUUUCUGGUAGAAUGUCCCUUUUAAUAAAAUGAACUGUGAAUGAGAUAACAUUUACCAAGUAGGAUGUCUGGAACUAAAUAUAAACAAAAUAAUAUAAACUAAAUAAAGUAACCUUAUUUCAUUAUCUAAUCUAUGUAGUGUAAAUUCUGUUCUCUGACAAAAAAUAAAGGUUUAUUCUGAAACAU